GACCACAAGCGGCGGCGGCGGCGGAAGGUGCGGAUCGCGGAGUGUGGCCGGCGGGGACGGCCGCCCGAGGCGGCGGCGUGCGGGCUCGUGGACCUCACCUCCAGCUUGCGGGAGCUGAGGACGUAGCGGGGCCGCCUCCGGGUCAGCCUCUCCCCGCGCUGCCAGCCGGCCCCGGGCGCCGAGGGCGCGGCGACGCUCGGCCACCAUGGGCUGCACACUGAGCGCCGAGGAUAAGGCGGCCGUGGAGCGCAGCAAGAUGAUCGACCGCAACCUCCGGGAGGACGGCGAGAAGGCGGCGCGCGAGGUCAAGCUGCUGCUGCUGGGUGCUGGUGAAUCCGGAAAAAGUACAAUUGUGAAGCAAAUGAAGAUCAUCCACGAGGCUGGCUACUCAGAAGAGGAGUGCAAACAGUACAAGGCGGUGGUCUACAGUAACACCAUCCAGUCCGCCAUCGUCAUCAUCAGGGCCAUGGGCAGGUUGAAGAUAGACUUCGGAGACUCUGCUCGGGCGGAUGACGCUCGCCAGCUCUUCGUGCUUGCUGGAGCUGCGGAAGAAGGCUUCAUGACUGCAGAGCUUGCUGGGGUCAUAAAGAGGCUAUGGAAAGACAGUGGCGUACAGGCCUGCUUCAACAGAUCCAGAGAGUACCAGCUCAAUGAUUCUGCAGCAUAUUAUUUGAAUGACUUGGACAGAAUAGCACAACCAAAUUACAUCCCAACUCAGCAGGAUGUUCUUCGGACCAGGGUGAAAACAACAGGAAUUGUGGAAACUCAUUUUACUUUCAAAGAUCUUCAUUUUAAAAUGUUCGAUGUGGGCGGUCAGAGGUCAGAGCGGAAGAAGUGGAUUCACUGCUUUGAAGGGGUGACCGCCAUCAUCUUCUGUGUGGCCCUGAGCGACUAUGACCUGGUUCUAGCUGAAGACGAAGAAAUGAAUCGAAUGCAUGAAAGCAUGAAGUUGUUCGACAGCAUAUGUAACAACAAGUGGUUUACAGACACAUCCAUUAUACUUUUUCUAAACAAGAAGGACCUUUUUGAAGAAAAAAUCAAAAAGAGCCCCCUCACGAUAUGCUACCCAGAAUAUGCAGGCUCAAAUACGUAUGAAGAGGCAGCUGCGUAUAUCCAGUGUCAGUUUGAAGACCUCAACAAAAGAAAGGACACAAAGGAGAUCUACACCCACUUCACAUGUGCCACAGAUACUAAGAAUGUGCAAUUUGUGUUUGAUGCUGUAACAGAUGUCAUCAUAAAGAAUAAUCUAAAAGAUUGUGGUCUCUUCUAAGUUUUGCAGUUGGUAGUGACAUGCAUUUUCAAACCAAAUGAAUACUUAUAUAUGGAUCUCUCUAGACUAGAGUCUCCCAGCAACACAGAAUGUAGUAUACAGCAAAUGCAUCCUGAACCUGACCAAAGUUGUUCUGUUUUGUGUCUUUAUCUGGAAGGAAUAGAAUUGUUGUCAAAAGGUGAAGGAUGGUCCUGUCGUGUGAAAGUAAGGUAUGAUGUUAAAGCUGGGCUCUAGUGUACUGAUGAUUUCUGUGUAAGUGUAAAUAUGCAACUGUAAGAUGUAUUUAUAACUUUUGAUUUCCCACGUUAUGUUUAGGUUGUAAGAGUGGCAACUUAUGAUCCUAGUGUGAUGGCUUUGGAGAUAACAUAAAUAUUAAGUACCUUGUACUGAAUGACAGAUUAGUUCAAUUGAUGAAAUUCAGUCAACCCCUUGUAAUUUAGGUUGGCAUGCUUAAAUAUAGAAUUGAGAUUCUGUUGCCCUUUGUUUUAAUCCACACUGUUUCUGACUUAUUAAUAAAAUUGAGUGUUAUUUGAAA